AUGAUACUUCGGGUUUAUGCUCUCUAUCUUGGCAACAAAAAGAUUUUGACGUUUUUGCUUACACUUCUAUGUGGUCAAGUCAUUGUAUCUGCAUGGGCAGUUCACAAUGGAAUGCGUGUGCCACAACCUCCAGGAUUCCCAGGAUGUGUAUUAACCGGGAAGAACUCCUUCUUCGCCGCACUGUGGGGGGCCCCUCUUGUUACCGAUUCGUGCAUUUUCAUUCUUACGACCUGGAGGACAAUUCGAUAUAUGAGAAAGCAUGGUCGUAUGACUGCUUUGGAAAUACUACUGCGCGACGGGACGCUGUACUUUUUCACUAUCUUUGGGGUUAAUCUGAUGAACACCCUUAUCUAUUUCUUGGCGUUCAAAGAUCUCAAGGCUGUCGGGGCAAGGGUUGAAUAUGGCACUGAGCUGCAAAACGGUACAGUUUCAGCCAAAUAUUGA